UGUGUAUCAGAGCCAUCUGAGUUUCACCAAGCGAUGGCCAUGGCUGGACUUCCACAGACUUGGGAUGCUCCACCUGCAGCACCAUCAAUGCAAGCGCCGCAAGCUUCGUGGGGACAGGUGCAAGCACCGCAACUUCCAGCACCGAUCGCUCCAGUAGGACGACUGCAGGUCUACAGUGAAGACUGCGAGGAUCCGAUGCAAGGGCAAAGUCCCACUCGAAAGAUGCCCGGUCCUCGCAGGAAUCGUCCCCGACAGGAGGUCUAUGUUCAAGACCUUCGGGACAGUGGCAGAUUCAGGCCAGUGUCGAAUCGCAAAGCGCUGACUCAGCCGCCAGGAAAGCGUGAUCGACCCGAAGUGCUUUCGGACGCCCAAAUGGCAGCCACGUUGCACAGGGCCUUUGGAAAGGAAAGUCUGAUCCUGUUGGAUCCAGAUGCUGCCUUUCUGGAAGCUUCAGAUCCCUCCGACUCGGACGUCGCAAAGUUGUUGUCCAACGUCUGGCAAUGUCAGGUGUUGGCAUCGGUGUGCUGUGCCCUAUGUCAGGCCCUUCUCGCUGGCUUAAGCAUUGCCAGCCUUUUGCUGGUCACAUUGCCGACGGAAGAACUGUUGGCUUUCAGUGCCCGGCUAUGGCCUUUUUUUGGUGGAGCUUUGCUGAUUCUGUCCGAGGUUUGCACCUUUGGCAGUGUCCUAAGUGUCGCACGACUGCUUUGGAUUCUUCAGGCUCGCACGGGAGAUGAACCUCCCUCAGGUGUGAGGAGGCGGCUCCUUUUUGCCGUGCUCCAUGCGACUCUCAACACCUCACUGCUGGCCUUGCUGGCCGUCGUCAGCUGUCAAGUGACGUGGCCGGAGUCGCAGAUCUUUUUGGUCGAAGGCCUUCUGGGUCUCGCAGCGUUGCUGCUGAGUUUACCCGAGGCAGUUCAGUUAAUGUCUUCUUCACCACGGCGCGUCUUCGACAAGUAGCAGCAAUGAAAACGACCUGCGUUUCACCAUCGUCGCAUUGACCAAUGUGUCAAAAGGAGCAGAACCAAUUCCAUCCCAUGGUGUAGG